CCGAGCGCGCGGCGGGAAAUUAUUUCCUAGAACCCAGAUUAUUGGAGCUGUGAGUACUACCGUGGUAGUCUUCGCCCUACCGCCGCCACCGGCAGCGCCACACGAAGAAAACAGCCCUGAAGUUUCUUUCAGCCGGGAAGAUGGAAGGUGGUGCCACCAAACAUGUCAUCCAGAUGACAGGGUUUAAGAUGGAGGAGAAGGAAGCUCUAGUCAAGUUGCUUUUAAAGCUAGAUUGCACUUUUAUAAAGAGUGAGAAAUAUAAAAACUGUACACAUCUUAUAGCUGAACGCCUGUGCAAGAGUGAGAAGUUUUUAGCAGCUUGUGCUGCAGGAAAAUGGGUAUUAACAAAGGAUUACAUAAUUCAUAGUGCCAAAAGUGGCAGAUGGCUUGAUGAAACAACUUAUGAAUGGGGAUAUAAAAUUGAAAAAGAUUCCCAUUAUUCACCUCAAAUGCAAUCUGCACCGAAAAGAUGGCGUGAAGAGCUGAAACGGACUGGUGCUCCUGGAGCCUUCCACAGAUGGAAAGUUGUUCUCCUUGUUAGGGCAGAUAAGCGGAGUGACUCUCUUGUAAGAGUUUUGGAAGCUGGAAAGGCAAAUGUCAUUUUACCAAGAAGUUCUCCUAGUGGUAUAACCCAUGUGAUUGCCAGUAAUGCAAGAAUCAGUGCUGAGAGAGAACAAGAAAACUUUAAGGCUCCGUUUUAUCCAAUUCAGUAUUUAGGGGAUUUUCUCUUAGAGAAAGAAAUUCAGAAUGAUGAAGAUUCCCAAAUCAGUUCUGGUCGGACCAAAUAUAACAGUCAAGAAAAAAGCAAAGAUUUUAAGAGAGACAUGGGAUUUCUUGAAAUGAAAGGUGCUGGAGAAAACAUGUACAGAACUCAGAAUAAAAUGGGAAAUCAUAAUGAAAAUGUUAAUGAUAAGUUUGUUCUGAGUGAACAUCACAAAAAGAAAUUCAGAGACUUCAGAAAAGAUAUGAAAUCUAUUAAAAAAACAAAUACAUUCAGAAGACGUGCACAUGAGAAUCAGAAAGAAACUAAGAAAAAAGAUAAAAAUGUCCAAAGGAGUUACAUUUUAAGGAAAAAGAACAUAAAAGAAGGUUAUUGCAAAACUGACGAUGCCCAUGACACAACUAGAAGUACAUUAAAAAAGCGCUGGAGCUACAGAGACCAGAAAGAAAUGAAGAAUUCUCUUCUUACUGAUUGUGCCAAAGAAUCAGAGACCAAGGAUGUCAAGGCAAAUGUGGAUCUCACGGAAGUAAAAAAUGCCUUAAAGAGGCAGAUACACAGAGACAUAUAUAGAGCUCAGGCAGUCCGAUACAACUGCAUUAGAGUAGAUAAACAGCCGGUAUACAAUGUAGAGGUUAAAAAUGCAGAGUUCCCCAGAGGAAUAUUAAAUUUAAUUGAAAGCCUCAUAGAGGGACAGUUCUUUAAAGAAGCCAUUGAAGAGCUUUCCUCUUUGCAAGCCCAUUAUGUCCCUCCAGUGUGCCUUCUACAUGCCCUACUAGAGAAUGUUCUGCAGGAUAAUAUAGAUACAUUUUCUGGUCGAUACUUUCAUAUAUUAUCAGCUCUUCUUCAUCUGCAUCCUCCUUGGAAGUCACCAGCCAUGUCAAGAUACUACUUAGAGCUAUUUCAGUGUCCAACUUGUAUGAAAGGAGCCUGGCCUCUCGUGGAGAUGCUCGUCAGGUCUUGUCUUUUCAAUGAAGGUUUCUGCCAUCAAAUAUCAGAAAACAUUGGUUCUAAAGUGGCCCAUCUUACACUGCUCAAGUUCUUCUUUAACCUACUUGAAAGUGAAGUGCGGCAUUUGAGUCAAAAGUUAUGUGACUGGUCAGAUUCUCAGAAUCUAAAAGUAGCAGAAAAGGCAAUUCUUCAUGAAAUUUUUUGGUCAGGAAGUGAAACUUCAGGACUUUUGACAAAACCAGUAAAUAUGCUUUUGGAAUGGACUAUUUAUUCUCACAAGGAAAAAUGCAAGUCUAAUGAUGUCUUCAAACAUGAACUAUCUUACUUACUGACUGGAAUUCUUGGCACAGCAGUAGACUAUUGGAUCUUCCUUGGUAUUCAGAUGGGUAGAAAUGUGAUCCGACACAUGUCUGAGGACUUAGGAAGCUAUAUUUCCCUUUCCUGUGAUGGGGUGGGACCUUGUGAGAUUUCUCCCAUUCAUGCUGGGAUGUCAACUGGUGUUCAUUGGAUGAGAGUUACACUUACCAAUGGAUAUGAGGAUAGGUAUUUUGAAUAGUCUGUUACUAUGUAUUAAAUGCUAAAUUUGAUACCUGAAAGUCUAAGCCUACAAGUGAAUUUUCUCAUUUUACAAGCUUUUGUUUUAUAAACCUUGUUUCUUUUUUCUUUUCUUCCAUCUUUAUUAAAUUGGGAAUUUCUUAUUUACAUUUCAAAUGUUAUUCCCUUUCCCGGUUUCCAGGCCAACAUCCUCCUAACUCCUCCCCUUCCCCUUGUGUAUGGGUGUUCCCCUCCCUAUCCUGCCCCCAUUACCGCCCUCCCCCCAACAAUCACAUUUACUGGGGGCCCAGUCUUGACAGGACCAAGGGCUUCCUCCUCUACUGGUGCCUCUUCUAGGCUAUUCAUUGCUACCUGAAAUUGGAGUCCAGGGUCAGUCCAUGUAUAGUCUUUAGGUAGUGGCUUAGUCCCUGGAAGCUCUGGUUGCUUGGCAUUGUUGUACAUAUGGGGUCUCGAGCCCCUUCAAGCUCUUCCAGUCCUUUCUCUGAUUCCUUCAACGGGAGUCCUGUUCUCAGUUCAAUGGUUUGCUGCUGGCAUUCGCCUCUGUAUUUGCUGUAUUCUGGCUGUGUCUCUCAGGAAAGAGCUACAUCCGGCUCCUGUCAGUCUGCACUUCUUUGCUUCAUCCAUCUUGUCUAAUUGGGUGGCUGUAUAUGUAUGGGCCACAUGUGGGGCAGGCUCUGAAUGGGUGUUCCUUCUGCCUCUGUUUUAAUCUUUGCCUCUCUAUUCCCUGCCAAGGGUAUUCUUGUUCCCCUUUUAAAGGAGUGAAGCAUUCAUAUUUUGAUCAUCCAUCUUGAGUUUCAUGUGUUCUGUGCAUCUAGGGUAAUUUAAGCAUUUGGGCUCAUAAAGUCAUUGCUUUUGAUAGCUGAGUAGUACUCUGUUGUGUAGAUGUACCACAUUUUCUGUAUCCAUUCCUCUGUUGAAGGGCAUCUGGGUUCUUUCCAGUUUCUGGCUAUUAUAAAUAAGGCUGCGAUGAACAUAGUGGAGCACGUGUCUCUUUUAUAUGUUGAGGCAUCUUUUGGGUAUACGCCCAAGAGAGGUAUAGCUGGAUCCUCAGGCAGUUCAAUGUCCAAUUUUCUGAGGAACCUCCAGACUGAUUUCCAGAAUGGUUGUACCAGUCUGAAAUCCCACCAACAAUGGAGGAGUGUUCCUCUUUCUCCACAUCCUCGCCAGCAUCUGCUGUCGCCUGAGUGUUUGAUCUUAGCCAUUCUGACUGGUUUGUGGUGGAUUCUCAGGGUUCAGACCUUCUUUCUUAAUUUAAAACUAUUGGUUAAAUAAAAUUGGCUAAAACCAGUUACUAGAGGGAUUAGAAGUGGGUGGUGUUUGAUUAUGUGGUUGGGGAUGAAGAAGAGAGUGGCGAAGACCUGAGGAGAAGGAAGAACUGGAAAGGAGCAAGAGUUUGCCAUGAGGGGAGACAGACCUUUAGUUUGACUGACUGACUGUUAAUUUGUAUUACUUAAUUAUCCUAAACAGUUUGUAAUGACAACUAUUAAAGGGACUGGGACUAAACUUGGUAUUUUUAAAUGGGUUGCAUAGUUAAAAUGCCUAUCUAAAAGUUGAAACAUGCAUAUAUUAAGCUGUAGCAAAAAUAAUUUUAAAUUGUGUAUCAAUAUAUAGAAAUAAUCUUAAAUUGUGUAUCAAUAUAUUAGAUUUAUAACAAUGAAAACCUUAAACCUGUAUCAAUAUAUUAAAUUCUGUACCAGUGUCACAAAAUAAUGACCUUGUUUUUAUAUUAGUAUACAAAAUUCUCUACCAGUGUAAGAUUCUGGCUAUAAAAUGUUAUUUUAGUUGAAGAGAGCUCUAACUGUAAUUGUCUUAAUGUCUAAUCUUUCUAUAUCCCUAUUUUUCCAUACCUAAGAAAGGAUGUAUGGAUGGAUCGUUGGAUGGAUGGAUGGAUGGAUGGAUGGAUGGAUGGAUGGAUGGAUGGAUGGAUGGAUGGAUUGAUACCCCUUAGUCUAAGCUCCCUGUUUUGUUUUUUCCCUGUCCAAGACCAUAAUUAUUUGUAAUCAUUCUUUAAAAUAACAACAUAUCUAUAAUUCAUAAAAUAACCAAAACCAUCCACCCCAACCUAAGGGACUGGGAACAAUGGCCUUCUUACAACUGCUUCCUGCUGAAUUAGCAUGAAACAUUCCUUUUUGGGGGGUGGCAAUAAGUUAUUAGAAUGGUUAGCCUUAAGAAACCUAGCUGUUGGGUUGGGGAUUUAGCUCAGUGGUAGAGCGCUUGCUUAGGAAGCGCAAGGCCCUGGGUUCGAUCCCCAGCUCCGAAAAAAAGAACCGGAAAAAAAAAAAAAAGAAAGAAAGAAACCUAGCUGUUUGUUGUCCAGUCUCUGUAUGCUGAGCAAGUGUAGGCUUAAGUGAAGUCAUGAUUGGAACAGUCUGAAAAGCUGGAUCAAGUGAGCUAGCUGUUCUGAAAAAUCCUGGAAGCAAGUCUUCAGAGGAAAGAGCUUAGAUGCAGUUGAGGUAGGAUCAAGCAAGAGACUUGAAAAAGAACAAUAACAACAAAAACAGACAAGAAUCUUACAUGAUAAAAAGAAGUUUUAGUAUCUGUAACAUUUCUUACUAUUCAAAUAAUCUAGAAUCUAGUACAGCCUGAUCUCUGUGUCAGGUCUUUUUUUGUUAACAAUACUUAAUGGAAUUUUAAAAUUAAAUUAUCUCAGCCAGAAUGCUUACCACAUAUUUUCUUAUAUCCUUACAUUAAUUUGACUUAUCUCAUUGAUUAUAAGUUUUCCUUAUUGAUUAUGAUUUUGCUCACGUAUAAAUUACUUUAAAAUUUUCCUAAUAUGCCUUUUUAAAAGAACCUCUUAUUUUUGGGUCUUUUCUUAACAGUAUCAUGCAUAAUUUCUGCAUUCUUCCUGCUCCCCAUCAUAUACUUCGUGUUUCGAAGUUUCUUGUGAAAUAAAUGAAAAGAGGGAUAUUAUUUAGGCAGUUUGCCAAUUUCAGCAGUCACCUCAGGAAAUGCUCUAAUCAGAUCUAAUCUUCCCAGUUUGCAGACUGAGAAGGCUUCCUGGAGACUUGACAUUUCCUGCCUGCACCAACAGCUUCAGAACACCUAGCUGUUCCUUUGCUCCCUCCUUCAUGCCUGGAGCAUUACAUUUCUAACUUCUUAAACUUCCUGAGCUUUUGAGGUCUCCUCCAGACAAGAGCAUGUUUUCUCACGUAACUAAUCAUCUAUGGUUUGAACGUCUAGGAAAGUAGUUUUGCACAUUUUCUAGGGCAUCUUUUUUUUUUUUUUUAAGAAAAAAUUCUUGAAUUUACUGUUAAUCAUGUUAACUCCUUAAAAACAAUUCUGUAAUAGGAAUACAGGAAAUAAUAAUAAUAAUUGAGUUUACAGUUUAUUCAAUACCUUCUACAAAGAGAGUUUUCUUUAUACUUAUAAAGUUAGAAAAUUUUUAUCAUAUUAUCUUCUUCCUGUUUUUCUUUCGUUGUGUUUACAGGGUGAUUGCCAUCCUUUUUAAGAAUAGCUGUCUUUUGUUAAGUGACUUUUAAACAUUGCUUAGUGCAAAUUUACUUCUUCCUUAGAACCGUCAUCAUUCCUUUCCACUCGUUUCUACUAGAUAGGUUGGUGGUUUUUAAAAAUCACAAUUUUGUCAUGAUAAGAUGGGAAUGCCAAAACUAGCUAACAAUUCCUUGUUUUCAUCUAAUAAUGAAACCUCCUUAAGUUUCAGGACACAUGAAAGUUUUAGCAGUGGCAUUAAGGUCUGUCAGUAUUCAUGUUGUUUCCAAUGAAAUUUAAUGAAAUGUGUUUAUAGUUUAGCUAGGAGGUAGCUAGAAGGAGGGAACUAAAAAUAAGGAGAAUAGAAUUAUAUACAUAUAUGAGAUUUACAAAACCAAUUGAAUUAUUUUAAAAAAUGUGAAUUUAUAUCACAACUUAAUUUUUCAUAUCUCAAGAAACCUUUAAUAAACCUUCUGUGUACCCUUUUUAGAUGUGUCAACAUAUUUUCCUGUUACUUUUUAUUGUUUUACUUUUUUAAUGUUUUGUGUUUUAUAUUGUCCUUUUUAUUCUUUCUGUAAAUCAGACUUUAAAUAAUUUUUAUAUUUAUUAUUCAGUCAAGAAUAUUUCCAUUUCAUUCAACUACUCAACAAACUUUUAUUUAUAUUGUAGCAGGAACUCAACUACACAGUUUUUAUAAAGUAUACACACAAAUAAAUAGUCCUAGUACUUUUCGAAACUUUCCAGGAAGUGCUUUGAGUGGUGAAAUUAGUUUACCAAGACCAAGAGUUUUCUCUCGGUCAGGAGACUAUCUUUGCACUGUGCUAUACAGAAUGAGGUUCCAUUUGUCAACUGUUGCCUUUAUUUCCUGAGCAGUAGAGUUGUAUGCAGAAAGUCCUUUCUGUGCCUGUAUCAUCAAAAGUGUCUUUUCUCCUAACAGUUGAGAAUUUCAAGUCUUUCGUUAAGGUGUAUGUUCAUUUGUAGUUGAUAUUUGAUGUGAAAUAAGGAUCUAAUUUCAUUCUUUUUUUUUUCUUUUUUUUUUUAAUUUAUUUAAUACGUAAUAAUAAUUCUUUAGUUUCCGGGCAAACAUCCCCCUCCCCCUCCCCUUCCUUAUGGGUGUUCCCCUCCCAACCAUCCCCCCAUUGCCGCCCUCCCCCCAACAGUCUAGUUC